UUUCUUUUUGCCGUCAUGUCACUAACAGUUUCUUCAUGGCUUAAGGCUAAAGACCAGGCACUCUCUCUGUUUUUCUCAAAGGUAGUUACAGAGGCAAAGGAGGCUGACCUAACCUUACAACCUUUUGCAACUGCUUUGUAUACUGGACUCCAAGAAAGAGCUGUUAGCAAGACCUGGACUAGAUUUUUGAAGGAAUCAUGGAGCACUACCCUACCACCUUCACUGAGCAACAAUGGCUUUUUAUAUGCUCCUCGAUUUGGGAACAGAAAAGCACCAAGUGGCUCAAGUCCCUCCUGGCCUUGUUGAUAAGCCUUUAUGCCCUCUUACUCAAGGAGGUAGAUGGCAAAGAAGUCAAUGAUAACCAGGAAGACACAGCAAAGGAAGUUGACAAGGAAGCAGAAGAGUCACAGGCUGGAGACUCCCCUAAUGAUAUACCCCAAGAAAUAGAUGAUAUGUCUAUAGAUGAUGGGGACACAGUCAAGAAAUUGAACCAACAUCUGCCAAAGGAAUGGAACUUCUUCACACUUGUAUCCAGAAUCAAGGAAGCAACACCUGCUCCAAGGGAACCACAUCCUCAUUAGGAAUUUCUACUCUUAUUGUUUUAUCCUCUACCCUGAAGGCAUUAAAUGUACAGUCUCUAGUAACUAGUUUAGGAAACCCCCCUAAGAAUGGAACUUCUUCACACUUGUAUCCAGAAUCAAGGAAACAACUAUCCUUUACCCUGAAGGCACUAAAUGUACAGGAUCUAGUAACUAGUUUAGUGAUCUGCUCUGAUAUGGUGAUUAGUUGGUAUAAAUAUAUAAAUACUCCUGUAUUGUACUUUAGUUCUUUAGUUUAAUUAUUGACUUAGAUUCCCU